AUGUUAAAUGAAGGAAUGGCAGCGUCUGAAGUCACGAGUCCAACAGAAAUCCAAGAUGAUUUAAAAAAUGAAAGUUUGGAGGCUACUGUAUCUCUGGAUAAGCUCAUGAUGGGAGGUGCACCAAAGUCAUCGGGAUCAGUGUCUACUAGUGAUGAUCAUGUGCCUGCUACAACGUACGUUACAAUCCAUCUCCCAGACGGGACCCAAGGAUCAACUCUGAGUCAACAAAAAUUGCAAGAACUUAUCAUGCACUUGUCCCAGUCUGGUCAGAUUCAGCUACGAGAAGAUAGCAAGAUUGUAAUCGAUCUUAAAUUCAGUGGUAAGUCGGGUGACCAAGGGGUUCAAACAAAAUUGGAAAAUUCUUCGCUUCAACACUCUGCCGUAUCUAGUUGUACGGCAUCCCAAAUACAAACCAUAGCUUCCAGCAUCCCUCAUCGUGUUUUACAGGUUGGCAGCUCGGGUUCCGAUGGAGUUCAAAUUGUACGCACUAUACCUUCUUUUGUUAGUUCUACCACUCAAAUAAUUUCAUUUCCAACCGUUGCAACACAACAACCAGUCGCAGCCCAGUCAAGCAAUCCUAGACAACAAAUUCAGCAACAACCCACUUACAUUCUAGUCCCAGCAGCUCAGCUAGCAAGUGGUGGAGAGAACCAGGUGUUUGCAAGCACACCUAUACGUGCUGUUACAGCAGGACACACAAUGCUUCGUACUUCUGGAAUAGGUAUUAAUAAUAAUCAAACUGUUAACACAAGCAGUGUUAAUUUAGGUUCAACUGAUCGAAGUAUUAUUCUAGUACAACAACCAGUUGCUGGAACUAGUAUUCACGUUGGUUCUACAGGUACAAUCGUUCCUGGUUCAAGCAGUGGUAGUGGUACCACUUUAGUUCCUUUGCGACAAUUAGGCGUAUCUACUUGUGGCGGCAAUGGAUUGGUGUCUAGUGCAGGCUCUACUCGUCUUAUUGGAUCAAAUGUUGGUAUUGAGUUGUUUUCGAGUACAGUUGGAUCACGAUCGUCCCAAGGUCAAGGAGGUUCAAUGGGAUUGGUAACAAUUUCAGCAAAUGCAGGUGUAUCUGGGUCUUCAUCCUCCGGAACUCCUCAGCGUGAGUCAACUUGGCAGCAAUAUGUCAAACAGUUCACGAAACUGGGUCCCUGUCCAAUCUGUGGAGAUAAAAUCUCUGGUUAUCAUUAUGGGAUAUUUUGUUGCGAAUCCUGCAAAGGCUUUUUCAAACGGACUGUUCAGAAUGCUAAAAGAUAUGCCUGUCAUCGCCCUAAUGCUUCUUCUCGAUGUGAAAUAAAUGUAGCUUCACGCAAGAAAUGUCCAGCUUGUCGCUUUCUAAAAUGUGUAGAUAAAGGAAUGCGUAUUGAAGCUAUUCGUUCGGAUCGUACACGUGGUGGACGUAGCAUGUAUCCUGGUUCACGUUAUCUGCGUCAGAUUGCAGCACGGGUUAGUGGGACUCACUCCGCUCCUGGUCUGGGCCUCUCUAAUUCAGCUAUGGAAUUUUCAACUUCAGAUCUCGACGGGAGUAUGCUACGUGGAUUGACGGACCAAAGUAUUAUGUCAGAUGAUGCAGAUCAACUUUCUUGCUCUGUUGUCGGACUUGCUGCGCAUACUUUAGGCCCUGAUGGUUUGCCAGCUUCAGAAGAUGCGGGUGGUGGUGUUUAUCUGGAUCCUGGUGUUCUCGGUACUCAUGAUAAUGAUGAUGAAGAAAUAGAUUCUGGUAGUCUGCGUGUUGAACCAAACAUUUUAGAAUGUGGAAGCGGAAUUGUUGGUGGUACUAAUUUCUCAACAAAUGUCUCGCCGUAUUUAGGUAGACAAGUAAUUAUCGGUGGUUCAAACGAGUCGAUUCCACGUACCAGAGAACAACUCCCAAAGAUUAUUCGGGAUAUCCUCCUUGUGGAGGAGACCAUAGAAGCGGAACCCGAAGAUGCAUUAGAAAUCGAUGCUGCGGUUGCGUCGGAAACUGCAGCACCUGAGGGGGUUUCAGAUGACGAGGCAGCUGUGUACCGCGCACUGUUGAAUUUGGCAGAUCAACGUUUAUAUCGAACAGUACGUUGGUCUCGAGCACUUCCAGACUUCUCUUUACUCGACACGGAUGAUCAAAUACUUUUAAUACAAAAUUGUUGGGCAGACUUACUGUGUCUUGAUUGUUGCUGGCGCUCUUUGCCUACUCCUUCGGAAAUUCGUCUCACCUCAAGUAAAUGUAUCAAUCUUGAAGCUGCACGUGAAAUGGGUGCUGAAGAAAUAGUUGAGAGAAUUUUACAACUCACUCAAUCUUUAACAAGAUUACAACUAGAUAUUGUGGAAUAUGCAUGUUUAAAGGUCAUUGUCCUAAUGCAACCAGAUUUGAACAAUUUAAAAGCAAGUUCUCAAGUUCGAUCCUAUCAAGAAUCUGUUCGACGAUUACUAAUGGAUUAUGUCACCAAGUCGUCACCUGAUAUAAAUGAUAAGUUUAACAAAUUGAUCAAUCGAAUUCCUGAACUGCGCAAAACAAGUCAGGCUGCUCGCCUGAUGCUUGUUGAUUUGGAUCUAUCUUCUUAUUUAUCAACUAAUUCUCUUCUAAUGGAACUUUUACGCAGUGAUAUUCAACGAUAUACACCAAAUAAUGGAACAAACAAUUCGACAGAGUCUACAACAACAGUAUCAAUACAAGGUUCUACCAAUUCCGGUAUAAAAACUGUCUCAGUCACUUUAGGGGCUGACACUGCAGAAAAUCAAGAGGAGAAUACUACGGUUACAAUGGUCCCAUCAUCAGGUGUUACUGAUUUAUUAUCAUUACCUAAUCAUACUACAAUUACAACAGUAACAGAGAGUAGACUAGAUGAAACGGUCACCAAUAAUAGUAAUAACUCACUGACUACUUCUGAAGUUGAUGUUAUUUCUAAAUAGUUCAACCUUUUUUUAUAUUUGUUAUUAUUAUUAUUAUUUUUAUUGUAAUGAUUAUUAGCUGCCCAUGAAUAUUUGAUUUAUACAUUGUACUCGUUUCCUCACUGUCUCACGCGCC